AUGCCCCGUUGGUUGCGCAACAGGCCUUGCGAGCGCCACCGUAGUCGCGGCGCAGGAUACGGCAGCAGCAGCGGCAUCGGCGAGAACGAGGGCGAUGACGAUGACGAGGAGGAGCCUCGUCCCAGUUUCUUCACACCGGCCCCAGAGCCGCCUGUUGCAGCCGCUGAUACUACCGCUGGUUGUGGUACGGCGCUCCCACAUCGCUCAGUAUUUUCAAUCUCACCCCUUUCAGCAGAGGCGGCUGCGCGUGCGGCAUCGCUUGCGGCAAUGCCGGUGACAGACUGGGAGGGCCUGCGAGUGCAUGUGAAGCGGCGGACAUCAGCUACGCAUGUGCACCGCCUCGACCUCAGCGGGAUGGAAAUGAGUAGUGCGCAGUGGAGCUGGUUUUGCCAAGAGGUGCUUCCGGCGAUGGCGAGCUUGAGCUCCCUUAGACUGACACGGAUGGGCGUCACGGAUGCGCGCCUGGCGGAGCUUCUCCGUGAGUGUUGCAAGAGCCACACACGUCGUGGCGAGGAGGCGACAGCGCGAAGAUCCACAGCGCCAGCUGCACCACGCGCCACUUCGUCCACUCUGGCGUCUGCAGCGCCGCGAUCAAGUAGUCUUGUCGCCGACUUUGCUGCAGCAGCAGCAGCAACAACGGUAGCGAGGGAACGAAGGGCCCUGCGUCAGCUGAGGGUUCUGGACCUCAGUGGGAACCACCUGACGUACCGCAGUGCCACACCGCUUGGGAAGCUGCUGUUGUGGGCUUCUGACACACUGGACGAGGUGCACCUGCUGGGGAACCCUCUCCAGGACUACGGGUUUCAGGUGCUGGGGAUAUACCUCGCCAAACUGCAGCUAACGUUGUUGAACAAGGAGCCGCAUUUGUUCCCACCGAUACUUGUGCAGCAGUACCUAGAUUUUUUGGAGAGGAAGAGACGGGCCAGUCGUGAGGCCCGCCUGCAGCACACCAUACUGACAGGAUCAUCUCUCGGUAUAUCGAAGACUAUAGGGCGCAGCAGUCCUGAGAAGGGGUCGAGCAGCGAGAUUGGGGAUGCACAGAUUCACUUGGGAAUUUCCUUCUUGGACGUGCGAGAUUGCCAGUCAUCCGCACGUGGGAUAUCAGCACUGCUUGCCGGUGCAAGUCGUGCGUACUGUUUAGAAACUGUUCUGCUGGCGCGUAACGGUGCUAUUCCACCGUCGCUGAUAUCACCCAAACCGUCAUGUGCCGAUGAUGGGUCUCCUCCUUCGCUGGCGAACGACAGCCGAGAGGAGUCCUCCGCAGAGCCAAGUGCUUCCCCCACCGCGAGCAGGUUUUCCAGCUUCGAGGAACUUCACUAUCCAUGCACGUUGUCGACAGUCAACCUUUGUGGUGUGCCACUCUCCAAGUUGUGCACUCCCAUUGGCUGCCGUGAACUCUUUCUUAAUCUCUUCUUCUGCUGCCCGCAGUUGCUGGUGCUAGACGUGUCGGAGAGUUUCGACCGCCAGCAGGUGCCACCCUCGCUGCUGCUGGACGUCCUGCUGGAGGAGCGACAGCCACCGCGUGAUCCACGUGCGCGCUGGCGCCUGGAGCGGGAGCUGCACGGCGAGGCAGAGUUCGCGCUUCAGUCCGUCGUGGUUGGCCGGCAGGCAUGUGUGGGUAACAUUCUCUGCGAAUUAGUAACACACGCCGCGUUCAACGCGCAGCGCCGCCAGAACGCUAUGCCUCCAGCUUUCACGGGGCUGCAGGAGCUACACCUGAAUGGCACGGGCAUCACCGAUCGGGCGGUUCGGGGCCUCGCGAUUGCGGUGCGCGGCUCGGCGGCAGGCGUGCUGUCACGCCUCGUCGUGCUGAAUGUGGCCGACAACCUGCUGACGAUUCAAGGCUGCGUGCAGCUCUUGCAUACCUUUGUCCUAGACUGGCCGUCACCGCCCUCCGUGAUGUCCGCGCUGGCGCUCCAGGGUAACGCCGGCAUCCACCGCGAGGACCACGAAGCCAUCGCAGCGCUGCGACAGGCGGUGGAGGCGGCGGUGCAGCGACGACGUGACGAGCACCACGUGUGCAGCCACAACAACGGGGUGCAGCCGUCACUGCCACUGAGCGUCCACUUCGGUGCUGCGGGAGCGGCCACGUUCAGCCUCGCCAGUGACGGGGUGGCGGCGUCCACACUGCCACCCGAGCAGCCGCAGCCGCAGCGGACGCACAUCCCAGGGUGGGGUGAAGAGAAGAUGAAGGAUGAUGAGAGGGAUGAGGAGGAGUGCUUCCCGACAUUUCACGUCAUGGCAGGCGGUUCUGCGGCGCCCUUUGUGCAGAGUGACGUGGCCCAGUCAUUCGUGGAGGUCCCGGCGAGUGCAUCGUUCCAAUCGCCAUUCGCAGCCCCUGUGCGAGGCGUGCAGCCACCCGUAGCCAUCAGUCCCAUUCACGCGCGGGAGACGCCGGCGCGAUUUCUCUCCUCAAUGCAGGCAACCCCGUCAUUUCUGCAACGAGCGGUCGACCCGACGUACUCGUCUGACCGAGACACACACCGCAACCAAAAACAAGAGCAAGAACAAGCAAACCAGGUGUGGGGAGUACCGCGUAGCAGCGCACCACUUCUGUCGCCCGCGAUGGAGACAAAUUUUACGCCCACACUCGGGCGACCCGUUGACAUAAACGCCAAGAGCGAGCCGGCUGUCAGCGCCGCGGCGUGGGACGGCAAGUGGGCGAUGACUGUCGCCAGCAUACGCGCAAGAAGUCGAAGGGAAGGCUGCGACGCUGGGUCAUCUCCGCAACAACAGCAGGGGGAGGAGCAGCAGCUGGGGCGGGGCACUUCGGCUCCUUCGAUCGGAGAUAUGAAGUCUCCAUCAUUGGCGUUUGACUUUGGUUGUCUUUUUGCUUCAAUUGACAGUAGAAAGGACCAUGACAGGGACGGCGAGCAGAAUCACGAGAACACAACGACGCGGCAGAACUCUUGCGGUAAUGGGGGUGACGCUGUAACGUUGGCACAGAUGGCGGUCCCACAUGAGGCAAAUGCUGCGAUGGAUGGAGAGACGCCAAGCGAGAUGUCACCGCUGCUGUCGGAUGACAGUGACUCGAUGGUGCUUGCAGCGGAGGUGGCAGGCGAGGUUCAGCAAGAUGUAGCCAGCAUCAAGCAGAAGAAGAAAAAGAACGGUACAGGGCGCCGUCGACUGCGACGACAACCGUUGAGCGGAUACCUAGAAGAGGCAGAGCAGCCAGGGGUGCAACAAGACAACGAAGCCACCCAUACGAAGAGUGGGACUGCUGCUGUUGUUGUUGCUGGGGCAACCCACUCGGGUAGUGGAACAAAAGAAGAGUUAAGGCAUUCCUCCCCAGAGUCACAGUCACAACAACAGCAGCCUCCGGUAAACGGGAGGGAUGGCAAUGAUGACGGUACGGCAGUUGACUUGCAGUUGCCGGUGGACCGCGACGAGCGCAGUCAGACAGAGCCGCCUCCACUCGAGGAGUCCAAGAGACGCCGAGUGCGCAGCUUUGUCAUGUUGUACUACCACCCUGAGGGACACGUGCUCUGCCGCGGCUGGCGGCUGCUGCACCGUGACGAUCCCACCGGCGCAGACGCGCGCGCGUGCCUGGAGCGCGAGGUUUGGGCUCUUUUACAGCCACCGGAAGCGCAGCGCGGGCGAACGGUGGUGAGUUCUGUGUCGCUGCUCAUUCCAACAGCCUCAUCACCAUCGUCGCAAGAUUAUGAGAACUGCAUCCACGACGCUGGUGGAGGCGCCACAACGCUUCAGAUCACCACGAAUGAGCGCCGCUCGGCGCUGGCUGAGCGACUGCGGCAACACGCAAACACCAACGAUGGACGUGAUGCCUUUCCACUCUUCUCACAGGCGUUGGAACGGGCCGGCGACGACACAGUGGCAGCUGUGCAAGCUCUCCUCGAUGCGGCGUACGGCCUGCUGCCCGCACACUACGACGGGAUAACAGCAGAGACAUUGGUGCACGCACAGCACAACAAGGAGGAUGAGUUGGUUGAAGAGUUAGGCACUCUCAUUGAGACCGCCAUUGAAGAGGAGACCAACAAGCACCGUGCUGGGGAUGAAGGGAUGGAGAGGGCAUCUAAAGCUGCAGCAUCACCAGAGGCCACAUUGGGAUCAGUGGCUACAACACCCAAGAGUGAUGCUUCUGCCGCGGCACCUCGCGUAGUGUCCCCUGAAGCCGAAGACGUGUCUACUCUCCUUGAUCUCGAGUCUGGGCCACACGAUACAGAUCAAUCGGAAGCGAAGCAUGCACAAGAGCUAGAAGAAGAGGAAGGGAAGCAGCAGCAGCAGCAAAAAGAGGGGAUGCCCAGCGAAGAGGACGCAGCGCAGGGUCUUGAUGGGCAUGGACCGCCGUACAGCAGCAACGCACCAACGCUCUCUCCCGCGCCGACGGCCAUAGGGACGGUGAAGCACACGGAUGUAGUCCCAUCGCCACAGGACGCAGCAUUUCUGCAUGUGCAACCUGAUGCUGUUGUUGUUGCUACUACUAAUACUACUACUACUACUGACGAGAAGGAGAGGGAUGAAAAAACCAGCGGCCGACCGUUGCGGCGGUCGGCUGGACGAAUGAAGACAUUUGUAUUUUGCUUUCCCCACCGCGAGGGCGGAUUUUUGUGCCGCGGCUGGGGGAUACUGCACCGCGCAGACGCCGUUGGUGCAGAUGCUCGACGACUACUCGAGGAAGAUGUGCUGUCGUUUCUACAGCCACCGUCUGACGCGUCGCUCAACAACAACACCGACGACGGUGGAGCAGCGCCCACGGUGGGGUCCGUCUCAUUUGCGUGGGAGGGUUCCUCGUCCACCAUGCAGCUACACGUGUCGACCAACGAGCGCCGGUCCGUAGUCUCGGAGCGUCUUCAGAAGAGCGCGGACGAUGACAAGGCGAUGCUGCCGCGUUUUGGGGAGCUCCUUCACAGCGACACGACGUACGACACCGUUCGCGUCGUGGAGACGUACCUGCAGCAGCAUGCCUCAGAGGAGCUGUGCGCACGUGUUCGUGGCCGCUACCGUACCGCCAACACGCUGGUGCACUACUACCACAAUGAUGAGACCGCCAUGUUGCGGGAGCUGGGGGUGCCGAGCAUGGCGUCGGUGGAGAGCGCCGUUGCCCCCGCCACUGCGCAAGCUGUUGAUGACACCAAUGAGGACACCAACAACAACGACAACAGCGUAAACAACGGCGAUGCCGCGGAAAGUGAUGUUGUUCGUGGUGAUACUUCUGAAUCUGCUGAGGUGGAGAGGGAAGAAGCAGCAGCAGCAGCAGCAGCAGCAGCGACACAAACACCAGCAGCUACAUCAACGCCGGGGAAGGGGGACGAGAAAGGAGACGCAUCAGACCGCAGACCAAAUACGGCACUGUCUUCGCUCGCCAAGUUUCCUGUAACGACUGAUGAAGUGCAGCCUGAGCAGCAGCAGCAGCAGCAGCGUCUCAAUAAAGAGACGGCGAUGACGACCACAUGCAACACGUCCCACUCCCGCUCCUCCACACCGGUUGUCGCCGGCAUCCCCACUCCAACGGGCGCGUUGGAAAACAAUGCCCCCAGCGCCGCUGAUCCGAUCGACCGCGCCUUCGCGGAGCGGCUACGUCGCCUACAGUUUCUUGCCUACAGUGCGGUGGUCCACGGCGCGAUUCUGCUAGACAGGCAACAACGCCACAAGCUGCGCAUCUGCAAAGGCAAAUGGGGCAAUCAGUCCGUCACGAUCGCCGUGGAGUGGGACGUCUUUCUUGUGUUCUAUUUUGUGAAGAGCCACACCUUCGGCGUAUCCUCACACAAGUCACUCGUGCUAGUGCACCCCAUAGCUUGCGGUGUGCAGUGCUUCACUGACGUCGAACAGGCGAUGGGCAGUCGCUCUCACACCGUACACAUCCGCAUCCACCGCGAGUACGCACCGGACGAGUUGGGCGUCUCCUCCACCGAGCUGGUGCACAAGCUGCAGGAGCAGGUGUUGUCGGGCUCCAGGUCCAACCGCUUGUCGCGCAGCAGUCGCACAUCACAGGUGAGCCCUGUCAACAAUAACAGCAUCGCCAGCAGCUCGUCAUCGCCGGCGGCCAGCGUUGACUCGGCCACGACGGUGCCGAGCGCGUCGGAGUUGCUGCACCGCGCGGUGUCGAUCCAGCUGAGACUGAGUAGUGCGUCCAAGGCACGCAGCACGGUCACCGCGAUUCGUGCAGCCGAGGAGCGGGCCGUGAGUAUGAUUCGGCGGACCAUAACGCAGCAGAACCGGCAGACGGUAGCGCGUCCCCUUCCCGCGAUGCCGGCCACAUAG